AUGUAAUUGGUAGUGGUAGCAAAAAUGCCAUCGAAGAUGAUCCAUUGAUGAUAGCAGAUGAUGGACCUGAGUUAAAUCUAAUGGAUGAUAAUUUAUUGGAUGACAAUCUCAUAGAAGACACAGUAGAUAUGCCAACUUUGGAUAUUGGUAGACCAUCAUCAGAAGGCCUUGAAACAAGAUCACUAGAAAUGGAUGUUGAUCUUGACGCAACUGUAGAGACACCCCUAAAUACAGAAUCUAAUAAACCGAAUAGUACAAUCACGGAUGACUUUCAAAAUCAAGAAGAUGAAACAGUCCAAGAGACUACGAGGUUCACCCCAUUGUCUCCACGAAGUCCUGAACAAGAAGUUCAAGAACUAUUUCAGGAUGAAGCUAUUCAACCUGUAACACCAAAUCGCAGAAAACGUAAAUUGAUUGUAGAUGAGCCAUCUUUUCUUCAAGCAUCACGUAAUUUACUAAGGAUCGGAGAGAUUAGGCAAACGGGUGCUUCUUAUUACCUUGAUUUAAAUGUUCCGCAUAAUCUUAUGCCACAAUUUCAUCAUCUCUUUGCUCGAAAACGUCUGAGAAUGACACCAUCACCACCUCCCGAUGAUUAUAAUCAAGAAGAGGACGUUCAAGCUGGACCAUCCCGAAUUGAUAAGCCAAUAAACGAGGAACCUACUGAAUACGAAAACACCAAUACUUAUGACGAUUUAGAUGUUCAAAAUACAUAUAAUAGUCCUGUUCCUGAUCAAGAAGAAAUAGAGAAGGAAAAAGGGCGAGACAAGACUCAUAAGAAAACAGAUAAAGAAAGUGUUGUCGAGCAAAGUCUAGUCACGCCAGUGGAAUCAACGUCAGAACAUGAUGAUGCUGAAAAUAAUUUCGACAUGAUAUCCCAUCAUGAAAAUGAUAAUGCAUUAGAUGUUACUAGUCCUAUUGACGAUGGAGAAUCAUCAUACAGUCGUGGUAUAACUAUUUUUGAUCAAGACGAGCCGCAAGAUCAGCAAACUACAGGAAAUGAAUCCGGAUACAGCAAAAAUACGGUCAAAGCAAUGCGACUUUUGAGGGAUAAAUGUCGUGGAGAAGUAAGUGAUCGUGCUAAUGGAAAAUCCAAAAGCCCAGCGCAGGUGGUUGUUAGCUACGAAUCAGUCGUUGGCACGGCUAAACGACAAGAUGCUGUUAAGCUGUUCUUUGAAUUAUUAGUUUUAAAUACUAAGGAUGUUAUUCACGUGAAGCAAGAUCAACCAUAUGGUGAUAUAGAAAUUUUAUGCAAA